AUGAACCAUCUCGUGUCCUGGGCCUUUCUCCUCGUGAGCGCUGCUUCACUAUUGGCUCAUCCCAUCACAGACUCUGCAGAAAUGCCUUACCAAGGACCAGUGUCUGUGGAGGAGCACGCUCUGGGAACUCUGGACGAGCUGUCUCUGUCUGAGCCUCCGGACGCAGCAGCAGCUCUCAGACUGUCCACUCUGCUCCCUGUGGACAUCAGCAGAGACGAUCUGAGAACAACAGGACUGUUUCCAAGAGCAUUGAGCAGAGAGGUGAGGAUGCCUCCCCUUGUGCCACAGGCUGCUGUGUUCAGUCCACUGAGCCAUGUGCUGGGCAUCCGAAAACACUUCAGGAAGAGAGCAGGGACAGCUGACUGUUUUUGGAAAUACUGUGUCUAA